AUGCAACCAACACAGUCUAUUCUGGAUCUCGAGGUUGAAGAUUGGCGAGGGUCUGCAGCAGCCGUGCAUCCUACAGCAGAAACUGCUAGUUAUUUCGAUGAGAUUUCGUUCGGAAACGGUGCUCAACAUCGGUCUUCACCCGUUGAUUUACCACCGAUGAUACCAAUGUCUUCGCCGUUUAUCAAUAAUUCGUAUCAGAAGCAACCACAGUACAAUCCCGGCCAGCAUCAUAUGCAAAUUGGGACGCUUCACCAUCAUCCGAACACUCAUAGCCAUCAACAGCAACAGCAAUAUCAUCCUGUUCCGGCUCACCACCAUACUCAUGAGCAUGGCCAACACCACUACGACAUGGAUGUUGAUUCUGUUUACCAUAGUUCGUAUUCGAAUUCAUAUGGGCAACAGCAGCAGGUCCAUUCUCCCACGUUGUCGCCUCCAUUGUCUUCCCAGCAUCACAUACAAGAUAACUUGGGUCAACAGCAACAUGAAGCAGCUGCUGUUUGUGAUCCACGUUUCGUCUCCGGUCAUCAUGACUUCUUCUCACCCCUUCAACAACAUACCACCAUUACUAGUGGCAAUGCACAGCACUUAUCACCGACGUCUUCGAACCAGGGUUCAAAACCUUCGUCUCCAGCGAAUGUCGAUGGUCAGAAGCCCAGAGUCAAGCUUGAGGGUGACGCCGAAGACUUAGUUUAUCCCUCAAACGACUCGUCCUUCUCCCCUCUACCACAUCCCCAGCCCUUAACCGUCGUUAUACCCUCAUCGACAAAUUCUUUACACGACGUUCGCUUAUCUGCGAAGCGUAAAUUUUCCUCGGCCUCCGACACCUAUCAGUCGGAGCUUUUCGAUCCAGGUUACUCAUUAACUUCCGCAGUGAGGGUGGAGAUUGACGGGAGAAAUGGCGUAGGAUUGCCCACAGCCCUUAUAUCGCCGUUGGAGCGUGCUGAUAUGGACCUUCAGGAUCACGAGGGUGAUAGCGAGGCAUACUCAGAUGCAGAUGGUGACUCUGAGGAAUGUGACUAUGAUUAUGACGAUGCCAAUGAUUCCGAGUUUGACCCUCGAUCGAGACCGUCGGUCGCUCGUCGUAUAUCCCACCAAUAUAUGUCCACACAGACGCCACAACAUUCCCCAGAACAAGCAUGGUUCAGCAUGUCCUCACAACCUGUCGGAAGGCGGAGAGCUGCUACCAACCCCAGCAUCGCCCUCCCUCAAACUCACCAGCCACAGCCAUCUUAUGCGUGGGGUUAUUCUCACGACGCUACGGGAUCCUCGUUCGACAGUGGAUUUAGUUCCAGUGGGAGUGGAGUGGUGAGAAGCAGGCCUGGUGCGACCGCUGGCAUGGAAUAUACCCAUCGGUACGAUCCGUAUCCGACAGGUGGCUAUACCCACACCUACGACGGUCAUUCCACCUCUUUCGAUUCAUCCACUUUGUAUGGUGACGACUUGACGUAUUCCACCCAACCUUCGUAUCCGCCCUCGUUGGAUUUGAACCUUUCCUCCCUGAGGUCGAGAAGGGCUUCGACUUCCACGUCCACUACCUCCACGACGACACCCAACACACCUCUAACUCCGCUUACUCCUCUCUCGGCGGCAGGUGGGGACCUCGGUGUAUCUCAAGCUGGCAUUCACGUACAUGGGUAUGCUACUCGUUCGGGUGGAGUUUCUCAUGCCUAUUCUCCCUCGACUACGUCCGCGUAUGACUCUAGCCCGAAUGGGAUCAACCGUCAGAUGAGAAGUCUAAGUCCCAGCGGGAUGGGAGCCGGUUCGAAAAGAAGAAGUAGACCCAGCACCUCGUUGCCUGUGCCUGUACCCGUUCCGAACUUGACGAAGAAAAGUCGAGGAAGGAGGGUGCCUACUGUCUACCAGCCGAGCUCUAGUAAUGGGUCUAGUAACCAUAAAGGUUCACGAAUUCAUAUGUGCAAAGUUCCCGGUUGCGGGAAGUGCUUUGCUAGAGGGGAGCAUUUGAAGAGACAUGUUAGAAGUAUACAUACUUGGGAAAAACCCCAUAAAUGUCCCUACCCAGGAUGUGGUAAAGAUUUCAGCCGACACGACAACCUGGGACAGCACAUGCGUGUACACAAGGACUUUAGCCCAAGGGUUUAG